GGGGAGUACUGCGAAAUGCCGAUGUACCAGAGACCUCCCUUCUGGCGGGUGCCCCAUCAGCGACCGGAUCCUGAUGACUGCAGGGAUUUUGGACAGCGGAGACGGGUUCCCGUAAAUCGAACUAGGUCGAUCGAGGCAGGGUUGCAGCGGGCGGGGCGCGCUAAUUUUGCCACAACACCGCGCUUAGCCGUCGAGAGCGCACCGCGUGCAAUCGUGCAAGCCAUGGGGCGGCUGCAUACGUUCGUGGUGACCUUACGGAGGGAGCACAGGGACACCAACUGGGGGCUCCGGCUGGUCGGCGGGGCGGACCUGGCGACGCCGCUCAUUGUCACAAGGGUGACCCCAGGCACGCCGGCCGGCAAGGAUCUCCUGCGCGGCGACAUCAUCGCGAAAAUCGAUGACUACGACGCCCGCGACCUCCGCCAUGAGGACGCGCAGAACCUGUUCAAGAAUGCGCAGAACCACAUCAAACUUGUAGUGCAGAGGGGUGGAUCCAGUUCGCAUCUUUACUCACUGCCACCGCGGGCUACCGGAGGCUAUGUAGGCCGAGUCCCUACGCCCACCUUCUAUCACGAGUUCGCUGAGGACGUGGACCGUGAACAGCCGCGCAGCUCGUCCUCUCUAGCGCCGCGGUCGCCCAUCUUCACUGCUAACUCGCCAUACAGAACUCCAAGCCCGAUGCCACCGACGGCGUUCCGACCGGAGUCGCUUCCCCGCACCCCUGUACCUCAGCAGGGCUACGGAGCCCAAGGCCAUGGCCACCAGACCUACCCGCCGCAGUUCGAGGGCGAGUACCGCACGGCGAUGCUGUCGCCUACGUACUCGUCACGGACAGACGAUACGCUGGAUGAAUCUUUGAACAGCCAGCCCUACCGCACAACACCCCUAGUCCUGCCCGGCGCCAAGGUCCGCCGCGAGCCCGGCCCCACGGAGUCCUACCUCCGCCACCACCCCAACCCGUCCAUGCGGGCGCGGCCGAGCCACGAUUACCGCGACACGCUUAUGAGACAAAAGGUGGCUGAAUCGGUGGUGCAGCGAGUGAUCGGUGACGAGGGCAAUAAGGUUGUUCACAAGCAAUUCAACUCCCCGAUCAAUCUAUAUUCAGACCAAAACAUCGCCAACUCCUAUAGGCAACAGUCCUCGCCCUUGCCCGCUAACGGCCAUUACGGACGGCCACACAUGGUCAAGAGCCACAAGCCGACGCUGCUGUACGACCCGGCCAAGUCGGAGACCUUCAAGGCGCUGCAGGAGGACGGGCUCGGCGACGUCGUGCAGGAGGUGCCCCAGCCUGCCCAGUGCAAGGUCUUCACUGCGCCGCCCAACAAGAGGCCCGCGCCCACUCCGAAACCAGCGAAAAAGCCCGAGCAGAUGAACGGCCACGUAAAACAAACGACCUUCGUAAACUCAUUACACGAAGAGCACAUCCAGCAGUCGAACUCAUUCAAGCGCCUCAUGUACAACGUACUCGGCGAUGCGGAGUUUUAAAAUACCGUCCAAUACUUGGCUAUGUGCAAUGACUAUAGCAAAAACACGCACAUUAUAUAAUCUAAAUCUCUGAAGAAUCGUCAUAAAAUGUCGCCGUUGUGGCGACAUAGAAAAAAAUCAUGCACAGCAUGUUGAUUUUAUCGUCAUAAAAUGAAGCCACAGUGCACAAUUGCACAUAGCUAAUAAAAAUGCAGCUUCUUUCUCACAUGCCAAUGUAUGUGUUGAUCCCACGAAGCAUUGUCUCGUUGACUGAUUUAGAAGGACGCCGAUCUAACUGACUUCAGUUAGUAACGUAACUAUAAGACUAACAAAACUAUUUUAGGAUGCUAUUAUUGCUAUUGUAAUAAAUACUCAGCAGUGUGUUAUAUUUUUCGGUGGAUUUAAUUUCUAAUACUCGAGUAUUAGCGAUAUGGAUUAUCUUAAGUAGCGAUGUAACGUAUAUUACUAAGUGUUGAUUUUCUGUUUGGACAGAAAUUAAACUGUUUAUGUAUACAUAAUGAUGUUGAGUGUACAUUCUAGUCACCGACCCGAGCUCUGGUCGACACGCGCGUAUCGAAUUCGACCAGUUUAAUAAAUUAUUUAUUUUUAUCUAA